AUGCCAAGACGGACCGUCGAAGCUCAAAUCGGCUACGUGGACGCGUUAAAAGUGAAAAAUUGGUCACGCCUCGGAUGUCGACGAAAACGCUACUCGUGCCUUUCGGGCGCGAGAAAUUCGAGAUCCAGUACAGGAUACAGGAUAAUCGAGCUCGAUGCCAGCUCCGAGGUGCCGAUCAAUUCAGCCUCUUUUGCCCGAAAUCGCAUCGUCACGAGCAAAUACACCCUGUGGAACUUUGCGCCGAAAAAUCUGUUCGAGCAGUUCCGGCGACUAGGCAACUUUUACUUCCUGGUCUCGGCGCUGGUUGCAGUCAGCAUCGAGUCGCCGAUCUCGCCACUGACCACCUGGCUGCCCCUGGUCUUCGUCAUCCUGGUCACGGCCUGCAAGCAGGGCUACGAGGAUCUGCUGCGCUAUCGGGCCGAUCGUCGCGUCAACAACAAGCCCUGCACCGUCAUUCGUCGCAAAUGCUGCCAGGAGAUAAGCUGCCAGCAAAUCAUGGUCGGCGAUCUGGUCAAGGUGAAUCGAGACGAGGACGUGCCGUGCGACCUGCUGCUGCUGCACAGCAGCGAGGCCGGUAAAUGCUACGUGACCACGUCGAACCUCGACGGCGAGUCCAAUCUCAAGUGCCUGCGGGUGCCGCGAGUCGUGCGCGAGCUCGACCUGCCGAGGCUCGUCUCCGCGAGAGCCACGAUCGAGUGCCAAGCGCCCGUGGCCGGCCUCUACAGCUUCGAGGGUCGCAUCAGGCUCAUCGACAGCGCUGAAGACCAACGAGACGACGACGAGGAGGAUGGCGGCAUUAUUUCGCCGAGCAGCAGCAGCAGCAGCAGUAGCGAAAGCCUCGGCAUCGACAAUCUUCUGCUCAGGGGCUCUAGGCUGAAGGACACGGAUUUCGUGAUCGGAUGCGCCGUCUACACCGGCGACGACACCAAACUCUCGCUCAACUCCAAGCUCAGCGUCAACAAAUUCUCCACCGUCGAGAAAUCGAUCAACAAGUACCUCUUGGUGUUUGUGAUCUUUUUGCUGCUGGAAGUGCUCGCUUGCACGGCCAUGAAAGCCGUCAAGGAGAAAAAAGAAAAGUGGGACUUUUAUCUGGGCGGCUCGAGCUCGUUCCACAUCGGGGGCCUGGCCAACGACGUGCUGUCCUUCGCCAUCCUCUUCAACUACGUCGUGCCCAUCUCUCUCUACGUGACCAUCGAGAUGCAAAAGUUUUUAGGUGCUCUGUUCUUCGGAUGGGAUGCGGCGAUGUACGACGCGGCCACGGAACAGCCGGCCCUGGCCAACACGUCGGACCUCAACGAGGACCUGGGCCAGAUCGAGUAUCUGUUCAGCGACAAGACGGGCACGCUGACCGACAACCUCAUGAUAUUUCGGCGCUGCUACGUCGACGGCGCCACCUACUCGGAGCGUGACUGCGACGGCUAUCUCUACCUGUUGCCCGCGGACGGCGACGAGAGCCGAGCCGAGAGAACGAGCCCGUGGACGGCCUCGGUCUGGCACUUCUUUCUCGGCGUGUCGAUCUGCCACACGGUGCAGCUGGCCUCGGCGCCCCAGAGGGCCAAAGCCCAGCUCAAGCGCAGCGAGUACCGCGAGAGCUUCCGCACCAAGAGGAUAACCAGAUUGAACAGCUCGCUGAUGAUGGAUCCCAAGCUGCCCGAGUACGAGGCAGCUUCGGCGGACGAGAAGGCACUGGUCGAGGCGGCCGCUCGUUGCGGCGUCGUGUUCCUCGGCGAGAACGACGUCGACAACGACGUCAUUGACAUCGACGCGCAGGGGACCGAUCUCCGAUAUCGACGCCUCGACACUCUGGAAUUCACUUCGGAUAGAAAGCGCAUGUCGGUGCUCGUGGAGGACGCCGCCGGCGACAUAUGGCUCUACUGCAAAGGCGCCGACUCGGCCCUGCUGCCGCUCCUCAGCAGCGCCGACGAGCGCCAGCAGGCGAUGCAUCGCGUGGCUGACUUUUCUAGGCGAGGCUUGAGGACGCUCGUGCUCGGAUUCCGCAAGUACAGCCGAUCCGAGUACGCGGAGCUGAGCGCGAAGCUGAAGCGGGCCCGAGAGAAGCUCGGCGACGACGAUCGGCUCGGCUCCGUCCAGGAGGCCGCGAGCCAGCUGGAGAGCGGCUUGACGCUGCUGGGGGUCAGCGCGGUCGAGGAUCGUCUCCAGGAAGCCGUGCCCGAGACCCUGGAAAAGUUGCGCAGGGCCGGCCUCAAGGUCUGGGUACUGACCGGCGACCAGGCCGAGACGGCCGAGAACAUCGCCUCGUUCUGCGGACACUUUCGCCCCGGCAUCGACGUCUUGAGGCUGAUAAAUCUCACGGAUUCGCGCCAGUGUCGCAACUAUCUCACGAGCUUCGAACGCAAAAUGAAGCUCGAUCCAGUUGGCUCUUACGGCUUGCUCAUGGACGGUACGAGCAUCGGUAUAGCCCUGAAGAAUCAUCCGAGGCUACUUCGGAGCGUCUCGAUGGCCUGCGAUGCCGUCGUCGGCUGUCGCAUGUCGCCCCUGCAAAAGAGUCAGAUGGUGCAGCUGGUAAAACGAGCCCGAGACUCGCCACUGACGGCCGCGGUGGGCGACGGCGGCAACGACGUCUCCAUGAUCAAGGAGGCCCAAGUCGGCAUCGGCAUCAUCGGCAGGGAGGGCCGCCAGGCCGCCAUGAGCGCCGACUUCGCCAUCCACAAAUUUCAGCAUCUCGAGCGGGCUCUGCUGGUCCACGGCCACUGGUACUACCUGCGAAUAGCCCAGCUGGCUCAGUACUUCUUUUACAAAAAUUUGGUCUUCAUCACGCCCCAGCUGUUUUUCGCCGCUUACAAUGGCUUCUCCGGACAAGCAUUGUACGACAGUAUAUUCCUCAUGGGCUUCAACAUGGUAUUCUCGUCGGCUCCGAUUCUCGUGUUCGGCUGUUCCGAGCAAGACUUUUCGGAGCGACGGCUGCUCGCCGCUCCCGAGCUCUACCGAUUGCACCGGAAAAAUUACCUGCUCGCUUGGAGGCAGUUCGUCGAGUGGACGCUCGUAGCCUUGUGGCAAACGAGCGUCAUCUACUUUGCCAGCCACGCGUUCUGGCAGGCGAAUCCGGUGAACCUGUACGACGGCACCGCCGCGGACCACUGGUGCUUCAGCACCUGCAUAUUUCAUCUGGUCACGCUUGUCAUCAAUCUGCAGCUGCUGAUCCAGAGCUCCUACUGGACCGUGCCGCUCCUCGCGAGCAUCGCCCUCACCGAGAUCCUCUUUUUCUUCUGCACCUUCGUCUACUCGUUCUGGAACUUAGAGUACGACGGCAGCAUGUUCUGGGUGUACCCGAAGCUGCUGCUCUCGCCGAGCUUCUGGCUGCUGUCGUUGCUGAUCGUCGUCGCCUGUUUGGCGCCCGUCUCGAUACUCGGGAUCUGUCGAGCCGCCCGAGCCUCGAGAUUGUUGCGCAGCCGCCGAUCGUCGUACUCGUCGUCGUCCGACGACGCUGCUGCGAUGGCUUACUCGCCGAUCGAUCCGAGCUCGCCCGAUUUGCCUAACCGCGAGAGGCGGAGCAGCUUGAUCCCGUGGAGAGGCGAUUUCACCUUCUACGACAACUUGGCUUUUUGAUACAGCAUACCAACAUCGAUAUACCAACGUUCAAUAAAACAAUCAUUAUUUCAAUUCGA